GGAGGAUGUCCUGUUUGGAUGAGGUUCCUUUUAAGACCCUUCUGGGAUCUCUGGAGGGACCCAGGGAAGAGGUGGAGCUGAUUGCUGCCCCAGACAUCACUGUCCCAGACUAUCUCACCAUACUGCAGGAGACAGAGUACAUGUUCAGCUUGGAGAACUGGGUGCUCCAGGGACUCCAGGGAGGUUAUCCCAGCCAGCCCCAACCCCCGGCCCGAUCCCCAUCCGAGGUGCUCCCCUCCAGCCCACCCUACUGGCAUCUCUUCAGCAGCCCCCAGGAGAGCCGCCUGGCCAGCCGACACAGCUCUGAUUUCUGGGAGCCCAACCCCCGCCAGCGCUCCCACAGCCUGAACCCGGUUGACAUGCGCACCCGGGUCAAGUUCGUCAUCUCCGACUCCGAGGAGGAAGAGGAGUGCUCUUCUUCGGGAGAGGGUUCCUCGGAGUCUGGUUCAGGGUACAGGUCGGAUCAGCGUGUUCCUGGGGUGAGGAACCCACAGCAGACCUGCACCCCUAACGUCCUGAACCUACCUGUCUCUCAGAGUGGUCUGGUGCCCUACCAGCGUAAGAAGAACCUCCGCCAGUACUCGCUGUCCGUUCUGGAGACCCCCAGAGAGUGUAUCCAGGGGACCCUGCCCCCAGGAGGACCCAAGCCACCGUCCUCCUCAUCCCUACCCAGACACCCAUUGACCAGGGCCAACACAGAGUAUAUCCCCUCCAUCAGACACCACAAGCCAACACAUCCGUCCCUGAGUCCGUACUUCUGCCUGCCGGCCCUUCCCUCGGUGACCUCACGACCCCUGGGUUCCCACGCCGCGUCAGUACUGGACUCCUCGGUGGAGCUGCUGUCCGCACUGAGCCCCGAAGAGAGAGAGCUGCUGCAAACAAUCACUGAAAUGGGCUAUCCGCUCCGCACCGCCAUCAUCGCCCUGCAGAAGACCGGCCAGCAGAGCCCAGAACAGAUCCUGCGCUAUCUGGUGGCCUGUGACAGACUGUGUGAGCGGGGCUACGACGAGGCUCAGGUGGAGGAGGCUCUGGAGAUGUUCCAGAACUGUGAGACGAAGGCUGAGGAGUUUCUUCAUCUGCUGGCUCAGUUCAAUGAGAUGGGCUUCCAGCAGAACGCUAUCAAAGAGGUUCUGUUAGUCCACGAGAACCACCGCGAGAGGGCCCUGGAAGAGCUGAUGAUGCGUGUGGCAUGACAGGGUCGAUGUCUGCUCCCAUGAAAAAUACAUUGUAGGAGACAUACAUGCACAAACACAGUUCCUGUUUACUUGCCUGUUUACUACAAACAAAUAUGUUAGCUAAUGUAUCAUAUUAAAGGGAUAGUUCACUCAAACUAUAUUUUACUAUUUGGUUCAUUUGUCCACUGUUAAUACAAUCCACAAAAAUUGUGUGUCACCAGUCAAGUCUUCAAGAUUGAGCACUUUCAGUCCAGAGCAAAAACGAUGAUGAUGAUGAGUUUUCAGUGAACUAUCCCUUUUAAUGAUAUGUCAUUUGCAAAUUGCAAUUUGCAUGUUGAAACAAUGUUGAUUGACUGGAGCACACUAAAACUAUACAUUCUAGCAAAUCAGGAAAUUAACAGUGGCCUUCUAGGAAAAGUAAAACUUAAACAAUACAAUUUACAGACAAUCGAUAUAUUACAUAGUUUUAUUACAUUUCAGGUUUUGACAAUGUUUGAUGUGAUUUGCCCAUUGUCAAUUUUCUUUGUCAAUUUCAAGUGUCACAGCAUUUGUCAUGUAGUAUUUUUAACUGAAGUUAGAUCUGUAAUACAAUUAAAUAAAAUCCAGUAGACUAUGGUCACAUGCCAAAUGGCACUGUCUUCCCUUUGUAGUGCACUACUCUUCAACGUAGUGCACUAUAUGGGGUUAGGGUGCCAUUUGGGAUGCAAACUGUGUUACUGGGAAGUCAUUAUCUGUAUUUGUAGGGUGUGUGUAUGGGGUAAAAGAUCGAAACCUGAAAGAAGCUUGUAAAUCUUAUGUAUGGUAGGUUGACUGAAACGACCCACUUGAAGUUGUAUAUACUGUAACUUUCACUUUAAAAUGUAUUGAAUGUAUUUUGUAUUCAUUUGAUUUGUUUUUGCCUAUGAUACAAAAUGAUUGUGUACAGAUCAAAUACGUAUGAGAAUUGAGAUUUCUGUUUUCAGAUGUUACAAAAAAACCUUUCUGAUGAAUCAAAAUUCAAUAUACUUGUAAUAUCACGCUCAUGUCUCAUGGUUCCCACAUCAUAUUAGGUCUUGAUAUGUGUGGGAUACACUUCCACAUUUUUGCCAUGCUUUCCCCGCUGACGACGGACGGAUGGACGGGGUUACCACAGUACAGGUCUGUUAUUUGACUAUCAAAGCCACGGCAGAACUUAGAUGGGAGCAGCCAAGCAAAGGGAAGAGUCGGCAUCUAUUAAAGAUGUGUAUCUUCUGCUGAUGGACCGGGACAGCUUUAGAGGUCCUCUAUGUUUGGUCAAGAGAGCAUUUCUUUUAUCACUUUGCUAUUAAUGAACUUCACUCAUAGACUGUUAACAGACUGUAGACCAGUGGUGGCUGGUGGCACUUUAAAUGGGGAGGACAGUCUGAUAGUAAUGGCUGGAACUGAAUAUAUGGAAUGGUCUUAAACACAUCAAACACUUGGUUUCCACUUGUUUGAUUCCAUUCAUUAUUAUGAGCCGUCCUCCCUCACCAGUCUCCACUGCUGUAGGCUAAAGAAUGAGGGAAAGAACCAUUCUUAUAUUAUCAAGGGAGAUGUUCGCCUGUUAACUGUAGGGGAAAUUAAUGGUAAUAUAAUUUGAUAAGUGGAAAAAUCUGCACAUCAUUAGCAACAUUCCUCACCCAUUAACACAUUAUUUGAACAGUGUUUGAUUUGAUAAUUAAAAAGACAAUU